AUGUCACACGCACUUCGAUAUUUCAGGUUAGCCCAAACCUCUUUCAUCGAAACCGACCUGCAACUCCCCUCGCUUGCUGGGCUACUCUUUCCUCUGACCGAAAUACCAGCACGCUGCCAUCAUCUUCCCCUCCGUGACUUCAAAACGGCGGACUUAACCCCCCAUCAGUCCUCCUCCGGUAUUCGUACUCCAGGCUCGGAAGCAGAGGAGUCUGUGUCUAACUCACAUACAGCACACGGCCAAGCACCAACACGUCCGAAGCUUUCGUCGCGCCCCUCGACUACCACUCCCAGCCGGACUAGUAGCCGUGCUCCCACCGCUCCGCCAUCCCCGUUGGCAGUCGCAUCGGCAAUCAAGACCGCCGGUGAUCUUCUCUGGGAUCCGCAGUACACGUCGCGGCCUCGUCUACCUUAUAUCGGGCCGACGUACAUUGGUACUAUUACGGUCAACGAUCGUACCGAAAGCUCUAUCAGCGUACAGAGUCUUGGUGGCGGACAAUAUCCGUCUCCCGUGCGGAAGUCAGGCAACAUGGAUCCAGGGAAGAGACAUCCGAGUAGUUUCCAGCAACUCGAGAAGCUUGGAGAGGGGACAUACGCGACAGUAUUCAAAGGGAGGAAUCGCCAAACUGGAGAAUAUGUUGCCCUGAAAGAGAUUCACCUCGACUCUGAGGAAGGCACACCCAGCACGGCUAUUCGUGAGAUUUCUCUCAUGAAGGAACUGAAACACAAGAAUAUCGUCUCUCUUCAUGACGUUAUCCACACCGAGAACAAGCUCAUGCUUGUGUUCGAGUACAUGGACAAAGAUUUGAAGAAGUACAUGGACUCCCGCGGCGACCGAGGCGCACUUGAUCCAACGACCAUCAAAUCGUUCAUGUAUCAGUUGCUGAAAGGCAUCGCCUUCUGCCAUGAGAACCGUGUCCUCCACCGAGACCUCAAGCCGCAGAACCUCCUCAUCAACAAUCAAGGAGACCUCAAACUAGCCGAUUUUGGGUUGGCUCGCGCCUUCGGCAUCCCCGUCAAUACGUUCAGCAAUGAGGUCGUCACCCUUUGGUAUCGAGCACCAGAUGUCCUUCUCGGUUCACGGACAUAUAAUACGAGCAUUGACAUCUGGUCGGCAGGCUGUAUCAUGGCCGAGAUGUACACGGGACGCCCUCUCUUCCCCGGCACAACUAACGAAGACCAACUCCAGAAGAUCUUCCGUCUAAUGGGAACUCCCUCGGCUCGGAGUUGGCCCGACCUGCCCAAUUUGCCCGAAUACAAGGCCAAUUUCCAAGUCUAUGCCACCCAAGAUUUGAGGAUGAUCAUCCCGCAAAUCGAUCCGGUCGGCCUGUCUCUCUUGACCAGUAUGCUUCAGAUGCGUCCGGACCUUCGCAUCACGGCCGCAGACGGCCUCAAACAUCCCUGGUUCAACGGAAUGGCGCCAUCCAACCAGCCUCAGCCGAUGCCUAUGCAGGGGGUGCAGGGAGGCAUGGGGCCGCCACAAGUCCCGCAACAGCAGCAAUGGGGUCCACAAUCACACAUGCCGCCACCGCAACAAGGGGCUUAUUAG